UUAAAAAUUUCUCCAGCUGGAAAGAGAGGGAGCAGCAGAAUUACGUUUCUAACUAGGAAAUUUAAAAAAUACCGUCACCGGGUAAAUCAUAAUGAAAUUAAACAUGUCAAACAGUUAACCUCAAUGUUUACAAUACCAUUGCAUUUUAUGUAUUUCAAAUUUGAAGUGAAACAGGGACUUUUGAAACGGAGCAGUUUCAACCUGGCUAAAUCAUGUAAAGUUCGCUAGCUCAUGAUGCCUGAAUAGUUCAAACAAGGGCUAGCUAACAUUAGUUACUACUAGCAACAUUUUAGCUGCUUGACUAUACCAAGCACCAAUUUACUGUUGGUACCAAUGCACAGAGUCACAAUGGGACGACCAAAGAAGACCAAACAACGUAAAAACCCCAAGUUGGACAAAUUGGAGGCUUUUCUCGAAGAUUUCGACAGUGAGGUGAAAACUGUAGUUGAAAGGCUAAAGGAGAGGACAAACGGUCUCCUGAAAGAUGCAGACAACUUCUUCAACAUGGCUGUGAUCAAGCUGCCUAAAACAGUGAGGCAGAUGAACUGGCUUGAGCAUUGUGGGUCAGAGAAACCAAAGUCACCGGUGGAGGAUGUCAAGCUUACGCCUGCCCAUAUCAUAACCCCACCGAUACCAUGGGGCACUUUGUUCACAACAUUGACAUCAGCCAUUUUCCCGGUACAGUUGGAACCGGGAUUAAUCCAUAAAGGGCACACCUCUCCAGUGGCCAUCGAAGGUGAGCAUUUGCCCACUCAAGUUGUUUAUGUUGCCGAAUUGCAGUCAGGUCAAGAUCCUGGUGAGGACGAUGAGCACGCAGAUGAAAGAAAAAUCUUUGGUUGUGUAAACCCACAGUUUAAUCCGCAGGUGAAGAAGCCAGAUGUGGAGGUCCUGGGCUAGAGUGGUUACUCAUGGUCUGCAGUUGUGAGGCCGGUUGGACAUAUUGCUAAAUCAUUUAAAACAACGUUGGA